AUGGCAUCAAAUAAUCAAUCAAAUUUUAUUCGUCAAGAACGAAUUGCAGUUUCAUCUGCAAUUCCUUCUGCUACACUUAAUCUUUCUUCACUACCUCGUCGUCCUGUUCGAACAAAUCCAUCAGGUCGAAGAUAUGAAAGUCUUUUAACAAAUCAUUUCUCUUGUGAAUUUGCCAAUAAUCUUCCAUUGUAUCAAUAUGAUGUUGCUAUUGAAGAACUUGGCUCACGUUCAGGUGAAUGGUUUGAAGUUAAAGGUCGAGCACGAUGUGCUUUAAUUAUGCAAUUACUUAUUUCUAAUGGUGGAUUUGAUCCACAAGUUGUUGUUUGGUAUGAUGAACAAAAGUGUUUAUAUAGUACAUCAUUGUUAACAUCACCACAAUUUAUUACAAGUAAAGAUGGUCGAAAUCGGCUUAAUAUCAAAUCAUCACCUAAUCAAUGGUCAACAAAUGAUAUUCAGGAUUAUAUCAAAGGUCGACCGAAUGUAAAGUUCUAUCCAUAUGAUGCAGUACGUAUUCUUGAAACACUUCUGAAAAAGUCACUUCAAGAUCGGAUUGCAGUUGUUAAUAAUACUUGUUAUUUCUUGAAUGAAACACCUAAGAAAUUAGCUGGUGGAUUUGAAGAACGAUUUGGUUUUAUUCAAGCACUUAAUCUUGCAUCUGAUCGUUUGACAUUAAAUGUUCAAACAAAAUUAACAACAUUUUAUCCUGAUAUUCCUCUACUAGAUUUUAUUCACAUACAAAUUGGUGCAAAACGAAUACCAAAUGAAAAUGAAUGUAAAAAAUUAAAUCGAAUAUUAAAAAAUUGUUUACUUAUUACAAGACAAUCAAAUUGGAAACAAGCUUAUGAAAUUGAUCAAUUCGAUAAACGGCGACCAACUGAAAUUAAAAUUGAAUCCGGUGAAACAUUAGUUGAAUAUUAUAAAAAUGCAAAAAAUAUUACAUUAAAUCAAAUAAAUUAUCCAUGCAUUCAAGUAUAUAUUCCCAAUGAAUAUAACAAACCUUGUCAUUUACCUUUGGAAGUUUGUCGAAUUAAAUCAUGGCAAGUUUAUGAUAAACCACUAUCCAAGGCACAAGAAACACAACAACCACGAAAAAAUAUUCCUAAACCCCACGAACGUUAUUUUGCUAUUAUGGAUAUGUUAAAAAAAUGUGAUUAUAAUUCAUCUUCAAAUCGUCUUUGUCGUGAAGUUGGCUUCCAUAUUGAAGAUACACAAAUGUUGAAAUUGAAUGCGGAAAUUUUAACUCAACCACAAAUUCAAACAGGUCAAAAUUGUGAAGCGAACGUUCGUAUUGGUCGUAUUCCUUUGGAUGGACAUUUAUUUACACCAAGACCAAUUUCAGCUCUGGCCAUAGCAUAUUUUGGUACUGAUGCUGCACGCAAGGAAAAUUUACUGAAAGAGUUUCGUACAACUUUAUUAAAUGUAAUGAACAAUUAUCAUGUUGAUGUAAAAUCUGAAGGACAUAAUGUAUCACCUACAAAUGAUCAAAUUACUGGAUAUUUUAGUACGAUGAGUGAGAGAAAAUGUCAAUUUGUUAUUUGUAUCAUGGAUGGAAAAUCUGAAGAUGAUCUUAAACAACUUAAAGCUUAUAUAAAAGACUGUGGAACAAUCAAAUAUGGUGUCAUGACACAAUGUGUCUUACUUUCAAAGAUUGCAGCUAAUCGUUCAUUAACAGGUUAUUGUGAAAAUUUAAUUCGGAAAAUUAAUUAUAAAAAUUCAGGAAUUAAUACUAAAGUUAAUUUAAAUGAAGCAUUAAAAUAUAAAAAAUCCCAAACAGAUUCAUAUAUGUUUUUCGGCGCUGAUGUUAUUCAUCCAACCAAUGUUACUCGUCAACAUCCAUCAAUUGCAGUAUCAUUAGAGUUAUCCAAAGCACAAGAAGCACAGCAACCACGAAAACAUAUUCCUAAGCCUAAUGAUCGUUACCAUGCUAUUAUGAAUGUUUUAGGAAAGUGUAAUUAUAAUUCACCUUCAAAUCGUCUUUGUCGUGAAGUUGGGUUCCAGAUUGAUGAUGGACAAAUGUUGAAAUUAAAUGCUCGAAUAUUAACUCAACCACAAAUUCAAACAGGUCCUAAUUGUCAAGCGAACGUUCGAAUUGGCCGUAUUCCUCUCGAUGGACAUUUAUUUACACCAAAACCAAUUUCAGCUUUAGCUGUAACAUAUUUUGGUACUGAUGCUACACGAGAGGCAAGUUCAAUGAAUGAGUUUCUAAACACUUUAUUAAAUAUGAUGAAAAAUUAUCAUGUCAAUGUAAAACAUGAGAAACAUAAUGUACACCCUACUGUUGAUCAAAUUACUGCAUAUUUUCGUACGAUGAGUGAGAGAAAAUGUCAAUUUGUUAUUUGUAUUAUGGAUGGAAGAUCUGAAGAUGAACUUACACAGCUUAAAGCUUAUAUCAAAGAUUGUGGAACAAUCAAAUAUGGUGUCAUGACACAAUGUGUUAUGCUUUCAAAGAUUACAAAUAAUCGUUCGUUAACAAGUUAUUGUGAAAAUUUAAUUCGAAAAAUUAACUUUAAAAAUCCUGGAAUCAAUACAAAAGUUAAUUUGGAUGAAGCAUUGAAGUAUAAAAAAUCCAAAAUAGAUUCACUCAUGUUCUUCGGUGCUGACGUCAUUCAUCCGACCAAUGUUACUCGUCAACACCCAUCUAUUGCAGCUGUUGUUGGUUCAGGCGAUUCAUUACGUUCAACAACAGCUGUACGUGUUUGUCAACAGUAUCCAAAAGAAGGCAAAUGUUCAAUUGAAACUAUCGUCGGAAUGACUGAUAUGGUCGAACAAUUAUUAGAUUAUAAUCGACAAGCAAAUAAAGUUUUACCAAAUAAAAUUGUUUUCUAUCGUGAUGGAGUAGACGAUGGUCAAUUUGGAAAAGUUAUUACUCAUGAAAUUCCUGCAAUUCGUCAGGCUUUUGAUCGUAUUUAUGGUGAUAAAUCCAAUCAUCCGCUAUUAACUUUUGUUGUUGUAAAAAAACGUCAUAAUACACGUUUUUUUAAUCAUAAUACAACAACGAAGCAGAUGAAUAAUAUGAGUAUUGGUGACGUCAUUGAUACAACAAUCGUUCAUCCAUAUCAAAAUAAUUUUUAUUUAAAUUCACAUAAUGCUUUUCAAGGUGUUAAUCACUCAUCAUUUUAUCAUGUACUUUUGGAUGAAAUUGGCUUCACUGCUGAUGAAUUACAAUUGCUAACAUACCAUUUAUGUUUUACGGAUCCUCGAUCAUCAGCUUCUGAAGCUAUUCCAUCGAUUGUACACCAGCCUGACAUAGCAGCAUUGAAAGCACGAGAUUUGUUUUAUGAUGAUGAACGCUCAUCGGCAACUACCGUUGGUGGACGUAGUCAACCAUUACGAAAUCCAACUCUGAAUGAUGCAGAUUACAAGAUUCUUGAUGUACAUGAGAAUCUUAAAAAUCGACCAGUAUUUGCUUUUAAUCAAUGGAUAUCAACAGUCGAUCAAAUACAAAUUAAAUAUCAAGUAACAAUUAAUCCAAUAAUUGAUAAUGCUGAUGAGCAUAAUGAUACAGAAAGUAGUUGUUCAAUAAAAGCAGUACAAUCUAAUAUUAAUACAUGUUCGAUUGCUUCUGGUGGAUUUGAUGACAGAUUAUGUCAAACGACGAUUAAACUUCGUCCUGAUUGGGUUUUGAUUGUUAGUCAUCCAAAAUUUAAACUUGAAUACAAAGAAUUUAUUCAUAAUGAACUUGGUGGUAAUAUUGAUAUUCAUGAAGAUGAAGUAAGAUACAGUGGUUCAUUUCCGCAAAAUAUUCAUGGCACGAAAAAUAAUGUUACUCUUGAAGAUAAAACAAAUGCUUUCAUGCGAAAUUUUGCAUAUCGAACUUUCUAUAAAUUAGAACAAAAAAAUAUCGAAAUUCUUCGAGCUAAUUCAGCUACUGUGGCAUUUACUCGUAUUAUAGAUAAUGAUUAUACAAUAGCAACAAAAGUACAUGAAAUGCCGGGAUUUGUGAAUAAGCUUUUUCCUAAAAAAAAUCAACGUCAUCAAUUUGAACAAUCACAUAUUAACAUAAAUACUCCAUCGAAUUAUAAAUCUCCUAGUACUGCUACAUCAUUAACUAUUUCGACUUCUAUGUAUGCUAUUACUAUUCCAGAACAAAUAAGCAUGUUUUCAAUAGAUACAUUUCAAGAUCGUCUACAACAAUAUCUUCAAAAAACAUAUAAUGUUCAAGUAACAUUUGAACGAACUAACAAUAAUAAUAAUGAAAAAACAAAAGGAGUUACGAAUUGUAUUUUUAUUAAAUUAACUGGUCAAAUGAAUGAUGCAGAGAAUGCUACUAAAGAUUUAUUUAAUUUAUUUUUAUCAUUACAAACAAAGAUAUUUAAUGAAAAAACUAAUAGUAAUUGGACAAAAAUUGAAGAAGCUAUACAAGUUAUUCAAUAUCAUUUUAAACUUGCUAAUCUAAUUUGUUCAUGUCAACAAAUAUCUUCAACAACAGUUAAUGUUUAUUAUUUUAAUAUAACAAAUCGACUAUUUGGUGUUGAUGAACAAAAAAUGGAAGAUUUAAUUCAAAAUCAAUUUAGAUUAGCAAUUAUAAAUUAUAAUCAACAAUCAUCAUCGUCAAAAUUUACAAAAGAUUGGAUAAGUUUAGAAAAUACAAUUUGUCAACGAAAUGAUUAUAAAAAAAAUAUUUGUUUAUAUAAAGAAUCAAAUACAAUUUAUCUGUUUGGUUUAAUAGACUUAGUUAAAGAAUUUCAUGAAAAAUUUCAACAACUUACAACUAAACAUGAUCCACAACCAUUUAAAAUUACUCUAUCAGAAAAACAGCUCAAAUAUUUAACACAUGUUGCCAAAGCUGAUUUGGUUAAACUUGAAAAACAAUAUAAAUCAGAUGGAUGUGACAUAAGUUUAAAUCGUUUACGUCGUCAUUCUGAAUUUAUUGCACCACCGGAUAUGCAUUCAAAAAUCGAAGAUAGUCUUGAAGCAUUAACAAAAAUACGUGAAAUUUCAUUUGAAAUUGAUGAACCGGGAUUCGAAGUACUUGUUAGUCAAGAAUUAGAACGACUUCUUGCUAUUGUGAAAUUAAAAUGUUUUCUUGAAAAAACUAUUGAAACUCGUAAUAUCCACAUUCCAAUACCUAAAGCUUGGAUAGCAAGUUUGGACAAUGAAGUUAAACAAGCUCAAAGUGCUACUAUAACUGCAACGGCAUUACCAAAUAAAACUAGUGUUAAUAUUGGCCAUUCAACAGUAACGAUUUUGACUGGUGAUUUAACAACGCAAGCGGUAGAUUUUCAAAAUGAUCAAGAAGAAAAAUGUCGAAUAGUUUUUUCUGUAAUGGAAGAACAUCAUGAAAAAACGAUUCGUCGUGUACGUCGUAAACCUGCCGAUUUAAUAUUACCAGAUACAUGGGAACCUUCAGAUCAAAGUUGUAAACGAGUCCCAUUACAGCCAUCAUCAACAGAAUAUCAAAAUGUACUUGCACAAUUUCAUGUUACGAUGCUCGGUAAAUAUUCGGCACUCAUUAAAAUCGAACGUAUUCAAAAUGAACGAUGGUAUAAGCAGUAUGCUGCACAUCGUGAUGAUUUCAAACGACGUUAUCCACAAAUAGACGAACGUUUACUUUUCCAUGGAUGUCCUAGUACAUCAGCGGAUAAGAUUAUUCGAGAAUGUUUCAAUCGAUCUUUUGCCGGUGUUAACGGUGUUGUGUAUGGUUGUGGAGUAUAUUUUCAUGCUCAAGCAAGUUACAGCCAUCAAUAUUCACAACCGAAUAGUUCAGGAGAAAGAACGAUAUUUUUAGCGCGUGUUCUUAUUGGAAAAACUUGCAAAGGAGAUAAAAACAUGAAAGUGCCUCCAUCUGGUUAUGAUACAACAACAGAUGGACAACAUAUCUUUGUGGUGUAUCAUGAUGCCGGUGCUUAUGCAGAUCAUUUAAUUACCUAUAAAUGA